CGUCCACAACCCGCCCCUCGGCCUCACCCUCUCUCUCUCUUGCGCACCCGUCUCCCCCGCCACCUCCACGCCCUUUCACCGCCCCACCCGCUUCCUAGCCUCCCGCCGUCUUCCAUCGCGCAGCCACGACACAAUGGCCGACCUUAGCUUCCUGGGAAUGGACGACGACUUUGCUGAGCUGAGGGACCUGAAUCAGAAGCUGUUUGAGAACCCCGAUGAUUUCGACGCCUGGGAGAAGGUUGUGCGCGCCGCAGAGUCGCUGGAAGGCGGCCUCAACCGCAACUCGAGCCCUUCCUCCAUCGCCGCCACGCGUUCCGUCUACGACAAAUUCCUCGCAAAGUUCCCUCUGGUCUUUGGAUACUGGAAGAAGUAUGCCGACUUGGAGUUCUCCAUCGCAGGCACCGAGGCCGCGGAAAUGGUGUACGAGCGUGGCGUUGCCAGCAUCGCCAGCUCCGUUGAUCUCUGGGCAAACUAUUGCGCCUUCAAGGUCGACACCUGCCACGACUCAGAUGUGAUCAGAGAACUGUUCGAGCGCGGCGUGGCAUGCGUCGGCCUGGACUUCUUGGCACACCCCUUUUGGGACAAGUACAUUGAGUUCGAGGAACGCCUCGAGGCCUUCGAUAGGAUUUUCGUCAUUCUGAAGAACAUUAUCCUUAUCCCAAUGCAUCAGUACGCGCGCUAUUUCGAGCGUUUCCGGCAGCUAUCGCAAACGCGCCCGGUCACAGAGCUCGUUCCGGAGAACAUCCUGGCGCAGUAUCAGACCGAGCUUCUGGCGCUCGGCCCCAAGAGCGAAGUCGAGACGGAGCGCGAGCUGCGUGCAAGGAUCGAUACCCAUUACCUUGAGGUCUACAACAAGACGCAGACCGAGGUCGGUGCGCGCUGGGUCUACGAGGCCGAAAUCAAGCGGCCGUACUUCCACGUUACGGAUUUGGACGAGCCGCAGUUGGCUAAUUGGAGAAAGUACCUGGAUUAUGAGGAGGCCAAUGGCACCUAUGAGCGUACUUCAUUCCUUUACGAAAGGUGUUUGGUUACGGCUGCCUACUACGAGGAGUUCUGGUUCCGUUAUGCGCGGUGGAUGCUAGCUCAGCCCAACAAGGAGCAGGAGGUUCGCAACAUCUAUCAGCGCGCUAGCUGUCUGUUUGUGCCCAUAGCGCAUCCGUCGAUUCGUAUUCAGUACGCAAUCUUCGAGGAGCAGGCUGGCAGGGUCGAUGUCGCUGAGGCUAUCUACGAUGCCAUCCUUGUCAGUCUUCCCGGCCAAGUCGAGACCAUCGUUUCCUGGGCCAAUUUGGCUAGGAGGCACCGUGGCAUCGACGCAGCCAUUACCGUGCUUCGUGGCCAGAUCGAAAGUGCCGAGGUUCCUAGCCAAGCCAAGGGUACCUUGGUCGCCGAAUGGGCUCGUCUUCUGUGGAAGAUCAAGGGCUUUCCGGACGAGGCCCGUCAAAUUUACCAGGCGAACACGGCCAACUACCUCGACGUUCGCGCAUUCUGGUACGGCUACCUCAUGUUCGAGAUUGAGCAGCCCUUCACUCCUGAGACGGAUACCACCCAGCACGAGCGUAUCAAGCAAGUGCACACCGCCAUCAGCACAGACAGCCUGCUUCCGUUACCCACCAUGCGCGAACUGACGUUCCUGUACAUGAAAUACCUGCUUGAGCGUGGCACCAAGGAGGCUGCCAAGGAAUGGCUGCAGCUGGAUCGGGAGAUCAACGGCCCCAACUCGGUCGCCGCUCCUUCGAAAAACAGGCCUGAGCCCAAGCCCCUCGCGCCUGCGCAGUCAGUGGAGGUCAUGCCGUGGCUUCGUCGGGCAGAGGACAUCUACUCCAACUUCUGAGCAGGACUGUAUCAAUCACCAGGCUCGACACUGAAUGAAUGAAGGGACCUUCAUGAUUUCGGGUUGCCAAGACCCUGUCUUCAGUUGAUGUUUCGCUACUUGUCUUCUUUCUCGGGAACACAUGUCCUCCCUUGACGAAGACAAGACUUUAACCCUCAAACUUUGAUCCCCGAUUUCCCUCGCGCGUGGCCCCCACGGGGCGAUGGACGCAUC